AUGCCGGCUGUGACGUGCAACUACCCCAGCCGUCCUAAGGAAUCUUCAUGGCAUCAAACCCAAGUGAGUCCGCUUUCAAGUUUCAGCAAUGGAGGACACGGUCAAAAGCCUAGCAAACCUGUCAUCCUCAAAGAGCAAUUCAAUUUUGGUGGUGCUCUUGAUGAGUACAGUUCUGCCAAGGAUUUUGGCCAGAGAGUAGGAGCCGGAAGGAACAUUGCAGCACAAACUCAUUUGUAUGGAACAGAAGCUUGGGGGGACUUGGGGGACCUAAGUUCAUUUUGGUCUGAACUCGGUAUUGACAAUUUUUAUGUUGAUAUUGUCUCUCCACCAUUUCAAUCAUGUGAUGAAGGAAUUUCAGAGCUUGUCAGUGUCCAAUCUGAAGAUUCUGAGGUUAUUGAGCCCAAGAAGGAAGAGCCAAUCUUAUCUCCUUCAGCAUCGCUUACAAUUCUUAAUAACUAUGGAGGCGGGUUCAGACGUUUGAAUGCAGAAAAGAUAAAUGCGCCAAGCUAUGACACAACAUGCACUGUGGUGCAUGGCCGAAAAUUAUCAACUAACGCAAUCAUGAGGUUAGCUGGAGAAAAGUUCAUCAACUCCUGUUCCCAACUGGUUGAUGAUAUCUCUGCACCGAGUCAUCCAUAUUCUAGUUCAUUUACGGACUUAUCUGAUGAGGAGGCUAAAGACGUGGAACUCGUCCAGUGUCUUCUAGCUUCAGUGGAGAAAAUAAGCCAGCAGCAAUUUGAUCGUGCAAGAAAACUCCUCAUCCAGUGUGAUGACUCAUCUUCCAAUAAGGGAAAUCCUGUUCAGAGAGUAGUGUACUAUUUUUCUGAAGCUCUUCGAGAGAAGAUCGAUCAUGAGACUGGAGGAUUCACAUCACAGUGUUUGGGAAAGAAGCAGUCAAGAGAUACUGUAGAGGCAGUGAUGAGCCCAAACCCCACUAUCAUUUCAUUUUACAAGAACAUACCCUUCAUUCAAGUAAGCCAAUUUAGUGGAGUGCAAGCAUUGAUUGACAAUUUAGGAGGGGCGAAAAAGGUCCACAUAAUUGACCUUGAGAUCAGGGGCGGGACGCACUGUACGAUUUUGAUGCAAGCUCUUGCAGCUCGAGGUGAAUGUCCCCUUGAGCAUCUCAAGAUAACUGCUGUUGGAACUAGAUUGAAACCAAAAAUAGAGGAAACAGGUAAUCGGUUGAUGAGUUUUGCCCGGUCCAUGAAUUUAUCAUUCUCUUUCAAUGUAGUCAUGGUAGCAGACAUGCUAGAUCUCAAUGAAUAUCUUUUUGAGCUGGAUUCUGAGGAAGUAGUUGCUGUCUACUCAUCAUGUAUAUUAAAUAGCAUGAUUCAACGGCCAGAUCGGCUGGAAUGUUUGAUGAGAGUGAUGAGAAACAUUAAUCCUUGUGUAAUGGUUGUGACAGAGAUCGAGGCAAGCCAUAAUUCCCCGAUUUUUGUCAACCGUUUCAUUGAAACUCUUUUCUUCUAUGGUGCAUUUUUUGAUGCUCUAGCAGAUGGCAUGAGGCAUGAUGAACCAAAUAGAAUGAUGUCAGAAUCAAUAUACACAAGUCAAGCAAUACGAAACAUUGUGGCUGCUGAGGGAGAGGAUAGGACACUUCGACAUGUGAAUAUCCAUACCUGGAGGAUGUUUUUGGCCAGAUUUGGGAUGGUGGAGAUAGACCUGAGCCUGUCAUCCUUGUAUCAAGCAAAUAUGUUGCUUACGAACUUUGCUUGUGGCAGUUCUUGCAGGCUUGAAAUUGACGGGAAAAGCCUAAUGAUUGGGUGGAAGGAAACACCAAUGUUUUCUCUUUCUGUUUGGAAAUUUCUCUGA